AUGUCAUCUCGAAUGAGUCAAAAGCUUGGAGAUCAUGCCCUCGGGGCCUUGGAUGAUGAACGCAUUUGCGACGCUUUAUCUGCGAAGUCGACUCCGAAAUCACACGAUCAAUUGGCGUCCAAACCAGCCGAUGACCUUUCUCAUCUGGACAGUAAGGUGAAAGAAGAUUACUCAGAUCCAUUCGACGAAUGCGCGGUGCUUCCAGAUGCAGACCAAGAAGAGGACCCCAAUGAGCGGGUGAUUACCUUCAGAUCUGCGUUGGUAGGAGCUAUUAUGGUCGCCGUGGGUGCAUCUAUAUCACAAGCAGGCCAUCCUUACCGAUCAUCUUCACGCCUGACAUGUAUAUCCGCCUCACUGUUCUUCGAAAUAGGUGCACCUACAUCUAAACCCCGUGUUUCUCCAGCAUGCCUUGUCCUGGGAAAGUUCUUCGCUGCGAUACCAGGGCCCAAAUGGUGGAACCCUUGCAGUUUGACUGUCAAGGAAUCUGUCUUCAGUGCGAUUAUGGCUACUGCUGGAGCGGGCGGUGCACACAGUGUUGAGAUCUUGGGAUUCUUGCAGAUAAUCGCCUCGCUGGACGUCUUUUUCGAUCGACCGAUGCCUGCUUACCUUUGUGUCUUGACCAUAAUGAGUAGCCAAUUCUUGGGGCUAGCCUGGGCUGGGAGUGUGCUACCAUGCGUAGUGCUGUUUCGUUCGCUGGUCAAACCCUCUCCAGACAAUCAGGGUCAAUUAUCUCUCUUCCAGAAGGUAUUUGGUGUCAUGACUAUAUCCAUUCCCGAAUGGCUCGCCCCGGCUCUCCAGGCAAUAAGUCCUUGGUGCUUGACUCUACCUCAGCUACCAGUCGUCACGCAGAUCUUCGGUGGAUCUAUCGCUGCAGAAGGUCUUGGUUUGUUUGCUGCCAGUUUUGAUUGGGUUCUCGUAGGAAGAUACAAUCCGCUAUACAUCCCGCUCUUGGCUCAAAUCACGGAUUGGACAGCUGUAGCCACAGGGGUCUUUCUUUUCAGUGCAGCCUAUCGAUAUGACUGGUUCGGCGGAGCGCACUUGCCAUUUAUCUCUUACGACAUUCUCAAUAACGAAGGAGUACGCUACAAUCUAAGUAGAGCCCUUUUUGAUAAUGGAACCGAAAAUACGAUCGAGGUAGAAAAAAUGGGGUUGCCAUCAUAUGCAACCGCUUUUGUUAUCGGAAAAGCUGGUACAGCAUUUUCCGUGUCAUCGGCAAUUGUUGCAGCCCUUUUAUUCAAUUGGGACAGGAUGGCGGCUACUUUUAGCUCUUCCAAUCCGGAAAUGUCAAGAGAAGAUCCUCAUAGAACAAUCACGAAGCAUUAUGCAGGCUUUCCAAUGUAUGGUUUUGUGGCGUUGGGAGCUUCAUCGAUUGGUCUCGCAUUUUUUUGUGCCGCGCAAGCUGGCUCUGGCCUUCCGCCUUACGCACUUGCAACUGCUUUUGUGCUCUCCGCGGUUUUAAGCUUCGCAGCAGUAUUUUUUUACGGGACUGUAGGGAUUCCCCUACAUUGCCAGCAUGUCACCCAAAUGCUGGGCGGUAUACUUUUUCCAGGAAAUGCUAUCAGUAAUCUAUGGUUCACACUGUAUGGAUGGACUAGCGUCAGUCAAUGUGUUCGUCAGGCCACAGAUUUGAAAAUGGGCCAAUACAUGAAUCUAUCCACUCUCUCCGUCGUCAUUGGUCAAAUUUCUGGAAUAAUCCUAGGAGGGUUCGUUCAUUAUGGCGUAAUGAGCACUAUCGUCAACACUCAAAGAGAUGUACUUUUGCUUCCUCACGGAGACGGAAUAUAUACGCGACCAGCUGGGGAAUAUUUAGCAAUAAUCCCCUACGCUUUGAUUUUGGGAUUUGUGGCUCCAGUUCCGUUCUAUCUUCUUCAUAGAUGGAAACCCACGGCUGGAUUUCAACGUAUCAACACUUCUUUAUUUGCAGCAUGUCUUUAUCAUGCAGUUUGGGGAGCUACCUCGGGUCGUAUGACAUCUAUCGUGUUGGCCAUAGCUACCCAGUACUAUGUUAGGAAAUAUCAUUUUAGAUGGUACCAACAAUACAAUUAUAUCUUGAAUGCGGCCUUGGAAGGCGGUACUCAAUUUGCAGUCCUACUGCUCACAUUUCUUGUACAGGGAGGGGCUGGUGUCAAAUUAAAUAUUCCACAGAACCCGAGAUUACUGUUAUCUCGCGGACGCAUCCCAUUAGUUUUCCUUCCUACAAAUCCUGGUGCUACCAGCUUCUUGUCUCAUCGCGGGCCCAGCUAG